CCGUGUCUCUGCUUGGCAGCUUUAUUUGGUUUUGCUGAGAAAAAGAACUAAAUGAGCCGAACUACUGUUUAAACCCGUCCGUUCGGAUUUGGGUAAACAGAGACACCUAGAGGACAAGUGGCGCUACUGCACCAGCAUACAGUCAAUCCGGCAAACGGAGCCACCUAGUGGACAGAGGAUGUUCCUACAGCAUCCCACUGUUUUCACUCGAGAGUGAAAAUGAAACUGAACGGCUUCUUUAGUUGUGAGUGGUUAUAGCAACGCAAAGCGUGGCUGGAGAAAAGGCGGUAAGAGCGGGCUGCGAUGUUUUCUGGGCUCCAUGGCUACAGUCAUGGCGGACAGCGGCAGGACGGUGGUCGUAUCCGGUGUGCCCGCGGUGCUGGAGUUCAGCAGAAUGGUCGACAAGUUGACCAUCCACUUUCAGAGCCGCAGGAUAAGUCACGGAGGGGACGUGGAAGUCGUGAAAUACCCCACUAACAUGGUCGGAGUAGCCUUCGUGACUUUCGACCAAGCUGAAGAUGCAAAGCGGGUGGUGAGAAAGGAGCAGCACAUCAUGAUGGAUGAGGAGUUUACUCAAGGCUACGCUCUCACUGUGUUUCCCUUCAGCACUGAUGUGUUUCUGUACGUGGCCGGCGCUACGGUGGACCUCUCAGUUUUCGGCAGAGAUCAGGCCUCUCUGAUCAAAAGUCUGCAAUCAACUCACAGAUCAAUCCGCUUCCAAGCAUCGCUCCAGCAGAGGAAGGCCUCCAUAGAGGGUCCCGCCUCUGCCGUCUGUGCCCUGAAAGAGGACCUCAUCCGCAGGGCCAGCCAUCUCAGACCCUCAUCCCAAACCGCAGUUGGCAAACCCAGAGCUAGCUCUCCUCAUCCUAGACUAGUAUCCGAGAAUAACCCAACAAGCUGCAGAAGCACAGAAGCUAGUAGGGAAGCAGCAAACUCCAGCAGCUUAUCAAAGUCACCUCACAGCACCGGAGAAGCAAGAGAAGUCCAAAGCCUGAUCUCCAAAGCAGAAACUCCAAAAGCUUCCUUGAGGCAGAAAGUCUUUAAUGAGAGUUUGGCUGGAGGGAGCUUCAGACAAGCGGUUGGGGAGGAAAUAAGUACACGACUCGUCUCCUCAUCAGGGCUCGCAUGGUUCCCUAUGGAGGAGACAUUCACUAAACAACAAAGAGAUUAUAGGAGUCCACAACAACCCGGCAAGUCGGACAAAAUCCCUGCCAUCCAGAGCGGAGCUAAUUAUUGGAAGGAUCCCAGCAGCCCGAUGUGGAACAGUAAGUUCCCUCAGAAUGACCUGAGAAAAGGUUCAACUCCCUCAACAAGCAACGCAGGGGCUUCUGAAGCCAUUUUGGUUGACUUACACACAUUCAGGUACAUAGAAAAAAUUUGCAAGACAGAGUUAGACAGGUGCUUGAAGGACGUUGACAUGACUACCAAGGAAGUAGAAGGAACUGGAGUUAUGCAAAUAUCGCUGAGUGAGAAGCAACCCUCUGGGGCCUCAUCAAGAACCCUCAAAGACGCUGUGGGAAACCUGGAGAAUAUGAUCGGCUUUUGGCAGUCUCAACUGAGAGUUCACGUGAUCUUGUACAACAAAGCAAAGUUUUUUGACAAGCAGAAACUGAUUGAGAUCUGCAACCAUGUGAACUCCUGGUAUAGUAACGUUCUGUAUGUGUUGGAGAAUUCCUGCAUUAAAGUAAUCGGCCCUUUAGCAAGCAUCCUCCUGUUCAGUAAGGAGCUGAAGGACAGAAUGGAUAAAUACACUCCUGUGAAGCCUAUUAUAGGCAAAAGCAGGAGAUAAAAUCACAUAGGAAACCACAAGGGGGAGCUGUUGGGCCUGACAAAACCUUUUCUUGCACUGAAAUUAACACGUACAUUUCUGCUUUUACAACAAAUGUGCCCAAACAAAAAAAAGACUUUUGUUUUAUUUAAUUUUAGUUUUAUGUAAUCUGUUUUGCAUAAAUCAUUGCUCUAUUACAGAAGACAAACUUCUCAUUAAAACCUAAAAGGUGACAGGUGACAACCUGCCUGAUGUAAUCACAUCAUUACAACUUCUUUCAAUAAACUCAUGUAGUAUUUUGAUUGGCCUGUCGCCAUCAAUAAAACACUGACAUCUGCGGUUGUAAUGUGAUUAAUUAAGAAAUACAUCGGGGUAUGUAAUCAUCACUGGACAGCAGGGGGCACUGUAACACACCACCACCCACAUGGUGAACGACCCCCUUCUCUGUGGGUGCCACGGCUCAACCCAACCAAGCAUUUUUUUUGGAAGCUGAGUUUUGGCAAGCAGGGUGCCGAUUGGAAGACAAAUGAUGUCAGAUGGAUGUCCUAUCAUGCCCCCAUCUCUGCUUACACACACAGAGCACCGCAGCCCAUCUGAUGAGAGGGGACGCUCAGCAAAGCGAUGUCGUGUUGAGGCUGCUUUCAUUAUUUCAGGGUGCUAUUAUUCAGAUGGGUCCGCUCGGCAGCGGGGAUAAUUGAUUCAUUAUGUUAAAAUAAGCCACGCCGCCGUAAUGAACACACACAAACACGAUCCCCCCAGACAGACUCACUCUGACCGGUUACCAUAGGAACUCGAGAGGGGAGGCUGCAGAUCUGCGUCGUUAAGGGAUGCUCUUGAACACAAUGGAGGCAUCCAUGAGGGCGGCAGAGUUACAUCUCCAGGAGAAGAACCCUUCAUCAAAGAGUUGAGCUGUCUCUCAGCUCCCAAACGUCUCUGGCGUCCCUUUGGAAGCACGGCUUGAACUAUUUUUUUAUUAUCUGGUGGAGUAAUAAAGAGGGUCAACAAGGAGGAAGCAUUCGCCUCAAAUGUCCUGACACUUGCUUUUUUCCCCCUCUCUCCUCAUUAUGCACAGUGUAAUUAUCCUGCACCAUUCUUGAAUGUAUUUAGGAUGCAUGACUUUCAUGAUGGAGGUCAAAAACAUCAUCAGGCCCCCAAAAAAGGGAGGCACGAGUGAUUCUCAAGGAUGCUUUCACCAAGGCUGUGUUCUCCUGGGGAUCAAACCUAUAAUUGGACUGGAGACACAUUCCUGAACCCUUGCACCUCUGGGUCUAUCGCUGUCUGACUUUUCCCAUUAGGAAGUUGGUCAGCCAAAGGAAAUACAUGCAAAGUGGGUAUAAAUUAGAUUUUUAGAUUUGUGUGGGGGGUACUAGAGGGCUUAUCAGAUCAUUUUAGAGCAUCAAACACAUUUUAAAAUCAGACAAAGACAACCAGAGUAAAUACAAUAAGCAGUUUUUACAUUAUAAUUUUACUUAUUAAUGGAAAACAACCAUAUUUAUCAACUUGGUGAAGAAAUUUAAAUCAUUGAGUCUUACAUUGCUGCUGAAUUUGUAGCCUAAUAGUCAUUCAUUGUUCUUUGAGUAGGCCACUCCAAACCUUUAGUUGGUGGUGCAUUACCAAUCUCGGAGACAUUCUCCAUCAGGAUUGUUUAUUAGAGAGCAGAAAUCCUGUAAACAUCCAGAUUGUGAAGCAGCAAAGCUGACCUAAACCGUCACACAACCAACAGUUAGUAUGAUUAUCACUUAUUUUGUAAGUCUAUUGGUUUUACACCCACUAAGAAGUUCAGGUUUUGUCUAAUCCUUCCACAGAUUAUAUCCCAAAGGACUUGUGGACCAUCAAGAUGCUUUUACUAACUGUAAUGUGGUUUGUUGUGUUUAUUUUGGUUUUUGUGUGGUUCUUUGAGUUUCUUUUGCCAACUUCCUGCUGGCAUGAAUGAUUCUAUGGUUCUGGGACUAAUCAGGUCAGGACAAUGCUUGAAAUAAAAUUCAUCUUUUGUGUUUCAAUUAAUUAAUGAUUUAAGAAGGAGGUGGUUGGUUUGGGUAACUUUCACAACCUUUAUAUUAUAAAAGCAGAAUAUAAAGAGGAAAAGAAAAUACAGUCAAACUACAGCAGUGACAAACAGCCUCAAGGACACAAUGGUGUCUUAGCCAUUCAUGACCCGAUUGGUACCUUUACCAUCUGACUAGUGUUGUGUUCAGGCACAUACAUCUUAGAGGUCAGAGGUGAGACAGGGUAGCAGUAACCCUCUGCAUCCUUCCUUCCCCACAGUGACGAAUGAGACUGCCGGUGAUGGAUAACCUUCUGCCAGCAGUGUGUGCAUGCACAUUGCAGCCACAAAUUAAGUCUUAAUGACUCUCUUUACAGAUCAUCACCCUGUCGGGGGCAGGAAAGUAGAGAAAGAUAUGAGUUGUAACCUCCCACAUUCAGCUCUGCUCUGCGUAAAUGUUUCCUUGGGUAUUAGGGAGUUUUGAUGGAAGACCACACCUGGUGAAAUUGAGGGCAACAGAGCAAGAAAAUGGUUUUUGUGUGAUAGAAAGGGUGAAUGGUAUUUAAUUUGUCACGAUAUAUGACCCAAGAAGCACACAAUGUUAUUGAAGCCUUUUAAACAAACCUCUACUGAUAGUUCUUGAGUUUUCAU